AGAUCAAAAAGUGGGUCCAAGUGUGGCAUUUACUUUUGUAAUCUAAUUGUACAAGGACGCCAGAACUAGCAGUGUCUAGAUUCUUAAACAGGAUUCAGAAGCAGAAGCAGAAGCCAAGUAGUUAAAAGAAGAGAAAUAGUAAGGAGAAAAAGAAAGUAGGAGACAUGGAGAGCCAAGAACAGCAACCUAAGUCAAGAGUUAUAAAGGUGGAGUCAGUGGAGUCAUGGGAUUUCUAUAUCACCCAAGCCACCAAUCAAGCCUGCCCUAUCGUUGUUCACUUCACAGCUUUAUGGUGUAUGCCAUCAGUGGCCAUGAACCCAGUUUUUGAAGAACUGGCCUCAGCUUAUCCAGAUGGCCUGUUUCUCAUUGUUGAUGUGGAUGAGGUUAAGGAGGUAGCUACCAAGAUGGAGGUGAAGGCCAUGCCGACAUUUGUGCUGAUGAAGGAUGGUGCCCAAGUUGACAAGAUAGUUGGUGCAAAUCCAGAAGAGAUAAGGAAAAGGAUUGAUGGUUUUGUGCAGUCCAUUCGUGCGUAUAAUGCAUAGCCUCUGUGAUCUUUAUACUUUGCUUACUGAACCUGUAAAAUGUGUGGUUGUUGUUGUGGUUCAGUUUUUUCCAGUGACUUUGGCUUGUAAGUGUGAUUACAUUCUUAAUUGUGUAAUUAAAACUGGUUUUUCCUUUUGGUUUA